GCGUUUCAGAAAGUCCACUACAAACCCUCUCAAACUGUUUUUAUUCACUGUGAAACUUCUCCAGUGUUUAUUUAAGGAACUAAAACUACAGCAGGUAAAUUAUAAGGGAGGAGAAAACGGGAAAAACAGGAAAAGAGAGAAAAUUACAGCAGUCAUGGCUUCCUCCAGCAGUUUCCUAUCUGAAGACCAGCUCCAGUGCUCCAUCUGUCUGGAUGUGUUCACUGAUCCAGUCACGACUUCAUGUGGACACAACUUCUGUAAGAUGUGUCUCACAAAGUGUUGGGACACCAGUUCACACUGCCAGUGUCCAGUGUGUAAGGAGGAUUUCCCUAAAAGACCUGAGCUUCGUGUGAAUAUGUUCAUCUCUGGACUGGCUGCUCAGUUUAAGAAGUCAGUUCAAGUGAAAUCCAGCAGCGCUGCAAAUCAGGUUCCCUCUAAGAUGAAGAAGGUUCUGUGUGACUCCUGCACUGAGGAAAAGCUGGAGGCUCUGAAGUCCUGUCUGCACUGUGGAGUUUCUUUCUGUAACACUCAUCUGAUGCUCCAUAAAACUACACCCAAACUCAUGAAGCACAAACUGAUAGAUCCUGUGGAGAACCUGGAGGACUACAUCUGCCAGAAACAUGAGAGACCCCUGGAGCUGUUCUGUAGAGACGACCAGAUGUGUGUGUGUCAGUUCUGUACUGAGACCGACCACAAAACUCACAACACUGUUCCUAUAGAGGAGGAGAGUGGAGACAAGAAGAGUCACUUGGGGAAGAAACAGGCGGAUUUUCAGAAGAUGAUUAAAGCCCGACUGAGGAAGAUUCAUGAACUCAAACAAUCUGUCGAACUCAAUAAUAAAAACACAGAGAAGGAGAAAGCAGACACUAUGAAGGUCUACAGUGCUCUGAUGCGCUGCAUUGAGAGAAGUCAGGCUGAACUGCUUAAGGUGAUGGACGAGAAGCAGAAAGCAGCAGAGAUGCAGGCUGAAGAGUUCAUUAAAGGGCUGGAGCAGGAAAUCACUGAGCUAAAGAGGAGAAACACUGAGCUGGAGCAGCUCUCACACACUGAGGAUCACCUCCACCUCCUACAGAUUUACCCGUCACUAUGCAGCCCUCCACACACCCAGGACUGGACUGACAUCACAAUUAACCCUCAUCUGAGUGUGGAUACUCUGAGGAGAGCUGUGUCUCAACUUCAGGAAAAACUCAGUGAGGAAAUGGAGAAGAUUGAUGAAACUGUACUGAAGAGGAUUCAACAAUAUGCAGUGGAUGUGACUCUGGAUCCUGAUACAGCUCAUCCUGAUCUCAUCCUGUCUGAUGAUGGAAAACAAGUGAAAGAUGGAGACAAGAGACAGAAUCUCCCUGAUAACCCAGAGAGGUUUGAUCGUUGUCCCUGUGUGCUGGGAAAGGAGGGAUUCUCCUCAGGGAGAUUUUACUAUGAGGUGCAGGUCAGAGGGAAGACUAAGUGGGAUGUAGGAGUGGCCAGAGAGUCCAUUAAAAGGAAAGGGGAUAUUACAGCCAAUCCUGAAGAUGGAUACUGGUGUGUGUGUCUGAGGAAUGAGACUGAAUAUACAGCUCUGGACUCUCCUCAUGUCUCCCUCUCCUUGAAACAGGCUCCUCAGAAGGUGGGGGUGUUUGUGGAUUAUGAGGAGGGUCUGAUCUCCUUCUAUGAUGUUGAUGCAAAAUGUUAUAUCUACUCUUUCACUGGUCAGAAUUUCACUGAGAAACUUUAUCCAUUAUUCAGCCCCUGUUUCAAUGAUGGAGGUAAAAAUUCAGAGCCUCUGAUUAUCACCACUUAAACAUUGUAAGAACAGUCUUUUUUCCUGAAGAACAAAACUGGCAAAUCUCAAUCUCUUUACUUGUGGAUUUAAUUUGUAUAAUAAUAAUGUUCACAGGGGCGGCAUGGUGGUGUAGUGGUUAGCGCUGUCGCCUCACAGCAAGAAGGUUCUGGGUUCGAGCCCUGUGGCCGGCGAGGGCCUUUCUGUGCGGAGUUUGCAUGUUCUCCCCGUUUCCGCGUGGGUUUCCUCCGGGUGCUCCGGUUUCCCCCACAGUCCAAAGACAUGCAGGUUAGGUUAACUGGUGACUCUAAAUUGAC